AUGUAUUCGCUGUAUCAUGUGGCUUAUGCGCUGAUGAUGUCACCUAUAUCUUGCAUGAUAGCUGGUAAUGUUCAUAGAAUUAAGCUGUUGUUAUUUAUCUGUUUGCUGUUGUUGUUCUUGUUUUUGUUACAGAACACCCCUUAUGCCUUAAAGGACAGCUCAAGUAGUCCAGCUGCUUGGACAUCAACCGCUUUACAGCCUUCUAGUUAUUAUGCAUACGAUCCAACAUUUGGUGCGUGCGGUUAUGGCGCCAAUUAUGAUUUAGCAGCUCGACGCAAGAAUGCUACGCGGGAAUCUACGGCCACGCUAAAGGCUUGGUUAAACGAGCACAUGAAAAAUCCCUAUCCAACCAAAGGCGAGAAGAUCAUGCUGGCAAUAAUCACCAAAAUGACUCUGACGCAGGUCUCUACGUGGUUUGCGAAUGCGCGCAGACGACUAAAAAAAGAAAAUAAAAUGACUUGGGAACCGAAAAAUCGUACCGAAGAUGAAGAUGCUCUUGUCUCGGAUGACGAAAAGGAACGUGAAGAAGAGAAUCGGCGGGAGCAAGUAGCAACGCAACCUUCAGCCAGCAUAACUCCAUCUCAUGUAAUGCCAGCAAUCAAGCGACUAGACUAUGAUGCUCAACCGCCGCCACCGCCAGCUUUAACACAUUUGAACGCGACGGCUCACUUACCAUCAACCGGCCUCGGUAUAAGUACAACAGGUGUCGGCGGUGGAGGUGGUAGCGCAGCAGCUGCUGCUGUCGCUUUAGGUUUUGCCAACAAUGUAGCAUCAAAUGCUUCAUCGAGCGUAGGCGUUGCUACAGAUCUCACGGCUAGUCACAGUUUAAGUGGCUUAAGCACGCAACCGAAAGUCCAUAAUCGAGAAGUCACUUUGCAUGAGAUAUCUGAGAGCAUAAAGAUAUUAAGAGGUAAUGUUCUCCACGUCGCUUACAGUGUCGCUUUAUUAAAUUACCAACGUUCAAGACCCCGGCAAAAUUGCAUGAAUUGAAGUUCGCGUUGCGUAUUGCGAUUUGCCUCACCUACCGUAUUCUUCAGAUGAUAA